CAAGGUGCAGGGUCCCCCCCCAGGUCCCACCUUUGCCCCUCCAGCUCUGGGGUCCUGCGGGUGUGACAGCAGCAUGGGGGGACCCGAAAGCUGGAGCCUGGUAAUGGCAAGAAAGCAGCAGGAUGGGAUGGGAUCAAGAUCAGGAUUGGGAUGGGGACAGGAGGGGGAUCAGGAAGGAGACAGGGGUAAGGACAGGGAUGGGGACAGGGAUGUAGGAUGAUGACAUGGGGUCGGGACAGGGACGGUGCUAUGGGGAUAGGAAUAGUGGAUGGGGACUGGGAUGGGGAUGGCAGUAGGGAUAAGGACAGAGAUAAGGACAGGGAAAGACAGGGAUGGGAAUAGUGAUGAAGGUAGAGAUAAGGCUACAGAUAGCAAUAGAGAGGGAUGGGAACAGGGACAGGGGCAAGGACAGGGAUAAAGAUAGUGAUGGGGAUAAAAACAGGAUAGUUACAGGGAUGGGACCCCCAGGCAAACCCACAGGAGGCACCAUGGGAGCCACCAGUGAUGGACUCCACAGUGAUGGACACACAGGGGUGGACACAUGGAACGGACACCUGGGAUGGACACACGGUGUCAGACACCACAGGGAUGGACGCAAGGGAUGAUCACACGGGAUGGGCACACGGUGUCAGACACCACGGUGACGGUUGCCACCGCCCUGGCCCCGCCCCCGCCUGCCCCGCCCCCGCCGCCGUUCCCGGUCACUCUCCCGGUCUCCCGGAGCCGAGCGGAGCUGCCGCCCGGGGCCGCGGUGAUGGGCGCGGGGCAGCUCUGACGGGGCCCCGCCGCUGCCAUGGACCCUCCGCGUCUCAACGAGUCUCUGCAGGAACUGCUCUGCCGCCCCGGCCCCGGCCCCGGCCCCGGCCCCGCCAACGGCUCCGGCAGCGGCAACGGCUCCGCCUGCGACCUGCUCCGCAGGGGCCUCCGCGGGCCGCCGGCGCCCCGAGAGCUGGACGUGGCACUGCGGGUGCUGCUCUAUGGGCUGAUCUUCGCGCUGAGCGUCGGGGGGAACGCACUGGUGGUGGCCGUGCUGGUGGCCAACCGGCGCCUGCGCACCGUCACCAACUGCUUCCUGCUCUCACUGGCGCUGAGCGACCUGCUCCUGGCGCUGUGCUGCAUGCCCUUCAGCCUCCUGCCCGCCAUCAUGGGCUCCUUCGUCUUCGGGGAGGCCGUCUGCAAGCUCAUGGCUUACCUCAUGGGGGUGUCGGUGUCGGUGUCCACGUUCAGCCUGGUGGCCAUCGCGCUGGAGCGCUACAGUGCCAUCUGCAAGCCGCUGCAGUCGCGGGCCUGGCAGACGCGGUCGCACGCGUGUCGCGUCAUCGCGGGCACGUGGCUGGCGGCGGCGCUGCUCAUGGUGCCCUACGCCGUGUACAGCACCACCCGCUCCGCAGCGCGCGGCGUGAGGCCCCUCACCACCCAGUGCACCCAUCGCUGGCCCAGCGAACACGUGCGCCAAGGCUGGUACAUCCUGCUGCUGCUCAUCCUGUUCUUCAUCCCGGGUGUGGUGAUGAUGGUGGCCUACGGGCUCAUUUCCCGUGAGCUCUACCGGGGCAUCCGCUUCGAGCUGGACAUCAAAGGGGAUGCUGCAGCUCACCAUGGUGGCGGUGGGGACGAGGCAUCCCCUGCCUGUGACGAGGGUGACGGGUGCUACCUGCAGCUGUCCCGCCCGGGCGCCGCACUGGAGCUGAGGGCGUUGGGCACGCAGCAGGACCGUGCACGCGUCAACAGCUCAGAGGCCAAGCUGGUGGCCAAGCGGCGCGUGAUCCGCAUGCUGGUGGUGAUCGUGGCCAUGUUCUUCCUGUGCUGGCUGCCCAUCUUCUCUGCCAACACGUGGCGCGCGUUCAGCCCGCGCGCAGCUCAGCGGGCGCUCUCGGGGACGCCCAUCGCCUUCAUCCACCUCCUGUCCUACACCUCGGCCUGCGCCAACCCCCUCAUCUACUGCUUUAUGAACCGGCGGUUCCGCGCCGCGUUCCUGGCCACAUGCUGCUGCCGGCACCGUGCCUGCCCGCGCCGUGCGCGCCACGACGAGACGGCCGCUGCGGCCACCAGCGCCUCACUCUCCAAGUUCAGCUACACCACGGUCAGCAGCAUCGGCCCCCCGUGAGCCGCAGCAACACCGACGGCACUGGCAGCAUCCCUAUCCACAACCUCAUCCCCAUCCCUAUUCCCAUCCUUGUUCUCAUCCCCAUCCCCAUUCCCAUCCUUGUCCUCAUCCCCAUCCCCUCUCAUUCUGUCUCACCCCAUCCCUAUCCCCAUCCUCGUCCCGUCUCAUCCCCAUUCCCACCCCAUUCCAUCCCUGCCCCAGGUUGAUGGUUCAGGGUUUGGGGGUUCUGGAGCCCCCAGCCCAGCUCCAGGUCCCCCCACACUGAUCCUGGCUCCAGCUGGAAUAAAUUCUCCCUGUGCCGAUGCUUCCCACUG